AUGUUUCACUUAAGGACUUGUGCUGCUAAGUUGAGGCCGUUAACGGCUUCCCAGACUGUGAAGACAUUUUCACAAAACAGACCAGCAGCAGCUAGGACGUUUGGGCAGAUACGGUGCUAUACUGCCCCCGUUGCUGCGGAGCCUUUCCUCAGCGGGACUAGUUCGAACUAUGUGGAGGAAAUGUACUAUGCUUGGUUGGAAAACCCCAAAAGUGUACACAAGUCAUGGGACAUUUUUUUCCGAAACACCAAUGCCGGAGCGCCCCCAGGCACCGCCUACCAGAGCCCACUCCCCCUGAGCCCGGGCUCCCUGUCAGCUGUGGCCAGAGCGCGGCCCCUGGUGGAGGCCCAACCCAAUGUGGACAAGCUGGUGGAGGAUCACCUGGCAGUGCAGUCGCUCAUCAGGGCUUACCAGAUACGAGGGCACCAUGUAGCACAGCUGGACCCCCUGGGAAUUUUGGAUGCUGAUCUGGACUCCUCCGUGCCCGCUGAUAUUAUCUCAUCCACAGACAAACUUGGAUUCUAUGGUCUGGACGAGUCUGACCUGGACAAGGUCUUCCACCUGCCCACCACCACGUUCAUUGGAGGGCAGGAGUCCGCUCUUCCUCUGCGAGAGAUCAUCCGACGCCUGGAGAUGGCCUACUGCCAGCACAUUGGGGUAGAAUUCAUGUUCAUCAAUGACCUGGAGCAGUGCCAGUGGAUCCGGCAGAAAUUCGAGACACCUGGGGUCAUGCAGUUCACCAACGAGGAGAAGCGGACCCUGCUGGCCCGGCUCGUGCGCUCCACCAGGUUUGAGGAGUUCCUGCAGCGGAAGUGGUCAUCUGAGAAGCGCUUUGGCCUGGAAGGCUGCGAGGUGCUGAUUCCUGCCCUCAAGACCAUCAUUGACAAGUCCAGUGAGAACGGAGUGGACUACGUGAUCAUGGGGAUGCCACACAGGGGGAGACUGAAUGUGCUUGCGAACGUCAUCAGGAAGGAGCUGGAGCAGAUUUUCUGUCAGUUCGACUCAAAGCUGGAGGCAGCUGAUGAGGGUUCUGGAGAUGUGAAGUACCACCUGGGCAUGUAUCACCGGCGGAUCAACCGUGUGACCGACAGGAACAUCACCCUGUCGCUGGUGGCAAACCCUUCCCACCUGGAGGCUGCUGAUCCUGUGGUGAUGGGCAAGACCAAAGCUGAGCAGUUUUACUGCGGGGACACUGAGGGGAAGAAGGUCAUGUCCAUCCUUCUGCAUGGGGACGCCGCAUUUGCUGGCCAGGGCAUCGUUUACGAGACCUUCCACCUGAGUGACCUGCCGUCUUACACGACUCAUGGCACUGUCCACGUGGUUGUCAACAACCAGAUCGGCUUCACCACAGACCCGCGCAUGGCCCGCUCCUCGCCCUACCCUACUGAUGUGGCCCGAGUGGUGAAUGCCCCUAUCUUCCACGUGAACUCGGAUGACCCAGAGGCAGUCAUGUAUGUGUGCAAAGUUGCAGCCGAGUGGAGGAGCACCUUCCACAAGGAUGUGGUGGUGGACCUGGUGUGUUACCGGCGCAACGGCCACAACGAGAUGGAUGAGCCCAUGUUCACCCAGCCGCUGAUGUACAAGCAGAUCCGCAAACAGAAGCCCGUGCUGCAGAAGUAUGCAGAGUUGCUGGUGUCACAGGGCGUGGUCAAUCAGCCUGAGUACGAGGAGGAGAUCUCCAAGUAUGACAAGAUCUGUGAGGAGGCCUUCACCAGGUCCAAGGACGAAAAGAUCUUGCACAUCAAGCACUGGCUGGACUCCCCCUGGCCUGGCUUCUUCACCCUGGACGGGCAGCCGAGGAGCAUGACCUGCCCCUCCACGGGCCUGACGGAGGACAUUCUCACACACAUUGGAAACGUGGCCAGCUCCGUGCCUGUGGAGGAUUUCACCAUUCACGGAGGGCUGAGCCGGAUCCUGAAGACCCGUGGGGAGCUGGUGAAGAACAGGACUGUGGACUGGGCUCUGGCAGAGUACAUGGCUUUUGGCUCCCUACUGAAGGAGGGCAUCCAUAUCCGGCUGAGCGGCCAGGAUGUGGAGCGGGGCACUUUUAGCCAUCGCCACCAUGUCCUGCACGACCAGAACGUGGACAAGAGAACCUGCAUCCCCAUGAACCACCUCUGGCCCAACCAGGCCCCCUACACCGUGUGCAACAGCUCACUGUCCGAGUACGGGGUCCUGGGCUUUGAGCUGGGUUUUGCCAUGGCCAGUCCUAACGCCCUGGUCCUCUGGGAGGCCCAGUUUGGUGACUUCCAUAACACGGCCCAGUGCAUCAUCGACCAGUUCAUCUGCCCGGGACAAGCCAAGUGGGUGCGGCAGAACGGCAUCGUGCUGCUGCUGCCCCACGGCAUGGAGGGCAUGGGCCCAGAACAUUCCUCCGCCAGGCCAGAGAGGUUCCUGCAGAUGUGCAAUGAUGAUCCAGAUGUCCUGCCAGACCUUAAGGAAGCCAACUUUGACAUAAAUCAGCUGUAUGAUUGCAACUGGGUUGUGGUCAACUGCUCCACCCCUGGCAACUUCUUCCACGUGCUACGUCGCCAGAUUCUCCUGCCCUUCCGGAAGCCGCUAAUCAUCUUCACCCCGAAGUCCCUGCUGCGGCACCCCGAGGCCAGGUCCAACUUUGACGAGAUGCUUCCAGGAACGCACUUCCAGCGGGUGAUCCCAGAAGAUGGCCCUGCAGCACAGGACCCAGGGAACGUCAAGAGACUUCUCUUCUGUACCGGCAAAGUGUACUAUGACCUCACCCGAGAGCGCAAAGCGCGGGACAUGGUGGAGCAGGUGGCCAUCACCAGGAUCGAGCAGCUGUCGCCUUUCCCCUUCGACCUCCUGCUGCAGGAGGUCCAGAAGUACCCCAACGCUGAGCUGGCCUGGUGCCAGGAGGAGCACAAGAACCAAGGCUACUACGACUACGUGAAGCCCAGGCUGCGAACCACCAUCAGCCGCGCCAAGCCUGUGUGGUAUGCUGGCCGGGACCCAGCAGCAGCUCCAGCCACCGGCAACAAGAAGACCCACCUCACGGAGCUGCAGCGCCUCCUGGACACAGCCUUCGACCUGGACGCCUUCAAGAACUUUUCGUAG